AAGACUGAAUUGGUUGACCAGGAAGGCCAACCCAUCUCCUUAAAGGGCCCUUCACUGGUGCGUGGGUGAAUGCGGUCCCCGGCCUCCUGGGACCUCGAGGAACACAGGACGCAGCCGGUAGUACGGCCGGCGCAGCUCGCCGCUCCUCUAGCCUUGAGGGAGGCGCUGUGGGGGACAGCCUGGCAGCCACGCAUGCGCAAAACACCGUCAGGAAGGGGCCGGGGAGGGGCGGGCUCCCGAACCCGGAAGCGAGGGACCCACGUGGGAGCCUGGGAGGGGGUGGUCGUAGCUCGGUAGUCCAGUUGUGGGUGAUCGGGGCUGUUUGUUCCUGUCCGAGAGAGCUCGGCGGAGACAGCUGUCGAGUACCCUUCACCUCGGUGUUAGGAGCCUGGGAACGAACUGCGGCGCGGGUUACCGCUCCCGGGGACGCGGCAAGGGGCAUCGAGUCCCUGGCGGGAGCUGCGCCAUGGCAUUGCUCUCGACCGUCCGGGGCGCGACCUGGGGUCGCCUCGUCACCCGUCAUUUCUCCCAUGCAGCGCGGCAUGGGGAGCGGCCUGGUGGGGAGGAGCUGAGCCGCUUGCUGCUGGAUGACCUGGUGCCGACCUCUCGGCUGGAGCUUCUGUUUGGCAUGUCCCCGUGUCUCCUGGCUCUGCAGGCCGCCCGCCGCUCUGUGGCCCGGCUCCUGCUCCAGGCGGGUAAAGCUGGGCUGCAGGGGAAGCGGGCCGAGCUGCUCCGGAUGGCCGAGGCGCGGGACAUUCCAGUUCUGCGGCCCAGACGGCAGAAACUGGACACAAUGUGCCGCUACCAGGUCCACCAGGGUGUCUGCAUGGAGGUGAGCCCGCUGCGGCCCCGGCCUUGGAGAGAGGCCGGGGAGGCGAGCCCAGGCGACGACCCCCAGCAGUUGUGGCUCGUCCUCGAUGGGAUCCAGGAUCCCCGGAAUUUUGGGGCUGUGCUGCGUUCCGCACACUUCCUCGGAGUGGAUAAGGUCAUCACCAGCCGGAGAAACAGCUGCCCGCUCACUCCAGUAGUCAGCAAGUCCAGCGCGGGGGCUAUGGAGGUGAUGGACGUGUUCUCCACUGAUGACCUCACCGGAUUUUUACAGACCAAAGCCCAGCAGGGCUGGCUCGUGGCCGGCACGGUGGGCUGCCCAAGCACAGAUGAUCCCCAGUCCUCCGAGAUCCCCAUCAUGAGUUGCUUGGAGUUCCUCUGGGAACGGCCUACUCUCCUUGUGCUGGGGAAUGAGGGCUCAGGUCUAUCCCAGGAGGUGCAGGCCUCCUGCCAGCUUCUCCUCACCAUCCUGCCCCGGCGCCAGCUGCCUCCUGGACUUGAGUCCUUGAACGUCUCUGUGGCUGCAGGAAUUCUUCUUCACUCCAUUUGCAGCCAGAGGAAGGGUUUCCCCACAGAGGGGGAGAGAAGGCAGCUUCUCCAAGACCCCCAAGAACCCUCAGCCAGGUCUGAAGGGCUCAGCAUGGCUCAGCACCCAGGGCUGUCUGUCUUCAGGCCCAGAGAAAGAGAGGCAAAAUGAGGGCUGACGUGGACUGUCCACAGUGUUCAUGUGCUGGAGUCAGGGACGGCCGCACCUGCCUCCGCCGGCUCCAGUGUGCGGGGAGCCUCUGCCUGAGUGUGCACCAGGCCCAUGUUUAUUGACCACAGUCUGGGGGGGGGGGGGGGGAUGGGGACUGCGGUGGAUACCAGAGGAAGCUGUUUCCUGUUGUGAUGUUGGACCUGUAGUAGGACAUGGUGGUUUGUUAAUUUCCAUGGGAAGCCAUGAUGGCCUAGCAUGGAGGGAAUCUGUUCCCAGGCCCUGCCUGGAAGUUGAGGGAAAGUUUAGACAUCUGCAGAGAGGCAGGCAGCCCAGCCCAGGGGACCCAUUCCUCUUGAACCAGUCAUUGCCUGUGGCAAAUGUGUGUAUGAGAAUGUGGGGGAUGGAGGGCGGGGCCCUGAUGUGGGGUAGACAGUGCGCACCUCAGGCCCACACACGGCCCCGCCCUGGGGCCUUGAGCGCAGGCCUCAUCUUUCUGUGCCGCGGGACUCUGCACCUACCUCACAGGGUUGUUGUGAGGCUCAAAUAAAACAUCACUCAGCA